CAAGGUGAUCAUGAUGAUGAUGUGUUGAUGCAUGCUAGCUUGCAACUAUAUAUAGCCCAAAUACUUCCAUGGAUUAACUACAAUGAGUUGCUUGGUGUUGAAACUUUGUCCACUCGUAUAUCAUGUAAAUUUCAAGAAAUUGUGAAGGCUCCUUUCCUCGAAAAGGAUUGA